AUGACUCGAAGGGAUAGAAAGGUCUAUCGUGUGACGAACCCCAUUUUCCUGGAAGAUAAAAGAGGUUUUAUCAGCAAAGAGUCGGAACGCAGAGAUAUCGGGGAAGAGUCAGUAUACCAGAAGGCCUUUGGAGAAGGCCAAAGUAGUUCUCAAGAAGACCGGUUGAGGCAACGGUUGCCCCAAUCUAGAAACAUGCCUGGUUCCUCUGAACCAGAGGGAGGCACUCAGAUGCCUCAUCCUGAUCAACCUGGACCUGCAGUGGCUGCAGAGGUUGAAGAGGCUGAAGAUCAGCAAGUAGAUAGGGACCGCCACAGAUCACUUAACCAACUGACCGUGUUGAUUGGCGGGCAGGUGUCCAGCAAUCGGCUCAGCCAAUUCAACACCAACACCUGCAUCAAUAGACCCCCGAAACCACCUCUAAUCUGCGCUGAUCGAGCAGAAUUCAAAAGCUUCGGCAAGAAGCUACCGAACCUAAGCAGACAGAGGACCUUAAUGGACGCAAAUCGCCCAAAAGCUCAGAGAAGAGAGGGAGGCAGCUAA